AUGCUCUCUGUCGAUGCUCGAUUUGCUUUGUUUACUGUCGUCUGUUGCAUCUCAACUCUUUGCAUACUACCCUCUACUUCCGUUAAUGCGGCUGUCAUAUCGCGCAAUCCUGCAUCAUCCUCAAGUCUUCCAAAUGAGGCACGGUCGAUUGAUGAUUCAACAGCGCAUUCCAAUCAACUGCCUUGGUCUUCGCAAAGCAUUGAGAGUAAAGGAGUUCAUAAGGUGAGAACAACAAAUCCAAUCAAAGGGUUGGCUGACGCAUUUAUGUCUCGGAUCAAGCAUCCCAGAAGCAAUCGCAAGCGCUCGCACAAGAGUAUUAUCAUCCCAACAGAUCAUGGAAAGAACUAUCUUUUGUCGCAUGCACGCCGUGCGGACACCGCUCUGCCACAAUGGAUAUCUGGCCACAAAAACACGACCAAUGCUGGGAAUACAACAACCGCUCAAAGCGAAGAAUCAGGAACUCCUGGAGCUGUCCGCAUUCAGAGCCAGUCGAGAGACUCAACUCAGGGACACCGAAAUCUAGGCUCGUUGUACUUGACAAGUUCCAGUGGUGUUUACACUCUCAAUGCAUCUGAGAAUAACGAAACGCGGCUCUACAUGGUCAACGCUCCUCCUUCGACCACUAGGAGCUCAUUCGACUCUAGCGCAGACGAUAGCACUCCAGUAUAUCUGAUGAUACCGCGACUACAGGACUCCAACGAUUAUUGUGCCACAUACAACGACAGUCCAAACAAACCAGAGCCUAUGACGAUGCAACUGUGCAACAACUACACGGCGCCCGACGGUUCUUCUACAUCCCAGACGUUUAUGUACAAUCCGAAGUCGAAUGAGCUUCGCCCGACCUGGGUGGACAAUACGAAUACCACCGCUCAGGCAGCUUCACUCUCAAAUUCUACAUCGACAGGCUCAGCGGGCGGUUCUCAGCCAACAUCGACAGGACUGGCCUCGAGGGACGAUUCGACUGUCAACACUCAAAACGUCACUCUUGUAUGGGACCCUGCUUCAAGUAAGGUAAACGCGGCCGAUAUUAGCAACUCCCCUAGUGUAUCGCAGGGGAGUCCCAGUUCAUCUGCUGUGACGAUGACUCGUACGGUUACGGUAUACCAAUCUGGGUCAUCCACCAUGACUUCAGGAUCUCCUUCAGCAACUGGUCUCAACGUAGAGGUCGUAGGCAGUUCAUCUUAUUCAACAAGCGCAUUUGCGGCUUCUUCAAUGUCGAUGAUGGAUUUCUCUGGUUCCUCGGCGUCUUCGGUUGCUCCAUCGCCCUCGAUGAACGCGGCCGCAAUAGCAGCAAGCAUUGCAUCUUCCAUGUCUUCAUCGAUGUCUAGUGCAUCGACUUCCAGCACUUUUUCAAUGGCUUCAGCGGCCGAUUUUUCUGCGAGCGCCAGCGCGACGUCUUCAGCUGAUCCUUCCUCAGGCACUUUCGUUGCUGCAGUUAUGCAAAGAUCCCCAUGGAAGAAGGCCGAUUCAAGACUCUGA